GUAUUUAUGCUUACUCAGCAUCAUUAAGACUUCAUUGCAGCUGACUAGAGUGAGAGGCACUGGAAUAGUGAAUUCUGAUACUGUCAGAAAAAUGUGCUUUAGUGACAUAAGAAGAUGGAAGAUGAGAUAAAUUCACCACUUCAGAAAAUAUUGCAAGAUACUAAUGGCAAAUUCAUCCAGUGAUUCAGACAACUUUCUUACGGGUCGAACAGGAAGACGGCUGCCUUUGAGAGCAUCCUACAACAGAGCUCAGAACUAUGGUGCUGAAGCAGUUACAGAGAAGAUCCAUACUUUAGCAAGCACUUUACAGGAUACCAACAGAAAUCUGAGACAUGUUGACCAUUUGCUAGGACAGUACAGAGAAUAUAACAAGGAACAAACCGAAGCAAUAACAACGUUAAAAGAAACACUGGAACAAUCUAUAGGUCAAUUAAGGAGCCAGCGACUAACACGAAACUCUGGAAUGAGAAGUGCAUCUCUCUCAAGCUUAUAUCCUAGUGAUCUGGAUGGAGAAGGACCAUCAGGGAACCGCCACUUCCUGCCUACUUCUCCUCUCAGGGAUUACGGAGACUCACAGGGCAAUAAACAUCGAAGGUCUAGAUCUGCAAGUGUGCGAUUUGUCAGUGAGACAGAUAAUUGGGACCAGCUGCAUUCUUUCCAUCAGUCUCUUCGAGAUCUCAACAGUGAACAAGUUCGCCUAGGAGAUGACAUCAGUCGGGAGCUUUCAAGGAGAAAUCGGACUGAUGCUGAAUUAAGAAAGACUCUAGAAGAAUUGUCUGAAAAGCUCACUGAGUCCCAAAGACAAGAAACGGUGUCAGAACGCGUAGAGAGAAGACUUCAGGAGAUAGAACAAGAGAUGCGUGCUGAAAGACAGCUUGUAGAAAGGCGCCAGGACCAACUGGGACAUAUGUCUCUUCAAGUACAAGAGGCUUUAAGGAAGCAAGAUGCUAAAGCGGCUGAAACAGAAGAACUCAUGAAAAACAAACUUGUGAAAUAUGAAAGUGAAAAAAAACAACUUGAGCAGGAAUUGGAGCAGUCUCGGAAAAAGUUGAGUGAAUCUGAAGGCAUUAGAGAAGUUCUUUUGCAUCAGAUUGAGGAUCUUCGUUCCCAACUUCUGAGAGCAGAAGAAGACCGUGUAGAAUUGCAACAUCAAAUUUCACAAGCUGCUAUGCAUCGCCAAAGCUACCAGGAUGUACAAGAUGAUGACAGGAGAGUUAGAGCAGUAGCUGAAAGAUACGAGAGAGAGAAGCAAGAUCUGGAGAAACAUAUUUUGGAACUUAAAGCAAAACUGAAUCAUAAUGCUGUAAUGUCAGAGGUAGAAGAACUAAAGAGAUGCAUAGAGUGUAAGGACAAGGAGAAAGCACAGCUUGUAAUGCACAUACAGGUGUUAACGUCUGACCUGGAAAACAAGGAGAAGCAGCAGGAAAAAAUGCUGGACCAGCUAAAGGAGAUACAGAAUUGCUACAAGGCUUGUGAGAAUAGGUGUAGACAAACUGAACUCCAGUCUUCUGAGUUAGCUCAACAGGUUGAAGAAAGUACCAAAGAAGCAGAACGGUGUCUCUCUGAAUUCAAGCACUCAGAGGCACUCAGGCUGGAGACUGAGAAAAAAAGAGAAGAUUUGAAGGCGAGAGCACAGGAAGCCAUCCGCCAGUGGAAGUUGAAAUGUAAGAAACUGAGUCGUGAGACAGAAAAACAAAAUGAAACUAUCAAUGACCUGAUGGAAAAGAAUAGUCAGGCCCUCAAAGAAAAGGAUGAUCUCAGAAGUCAGCUUCUCUCAGCUAUCCACCAAAUAGAAAACCUCCGGAAAGAGCUGAAUGAUGUGCUUACAAAGAGAGCCCAGCAGGAAGAACUCCUCCACUGUAAAGAGGUAAAACUGAAUGAAAUGAAGUCACACGAGGUAUCUCUUGAAGAAGAGAUCAAAGAAGUUCAAGGUACUGUAAAAACAUUGGAGAAUGAGUUGAAAAAGCAAGUCUUUCUACAAAAUCAAAUGCAAACUGAGAAGGAACACUUGAAGACAGAACUUGCAACUAUUAACUUGAUCCAUAAAAAAGACCAAGAACGACUCUUAGAAAUGCAAGCAGAUGUAAAAAAUUUAAGCUCUGUACGUGUGGAACUAACAAACAAAAUAGCAGAAGAGGAGAAAGUCAAAAAGGAAUUACUUAAGAGCCUCUCAGAUCUCCAGAAACAGCAGGAAUCUAAACGUGAAGAGAUGACUUCAGCUAACAGGCAGCUGAAGAUGGAAAGAGAAGUUCACCUACAGGAGUUGGCAGAUCUUAGAUCAGAGUUACAAAAUGUCAAAAUCAAACAUGAACAAAAGGUUCAAGAACUCAUGAAACUCCUUAAACAGGAAAAGGAGGAUGCAGAGGCUCAAAUUAGAAUGCUAAAGAUUGAACUUUUAGAAGAGAAAAACAUAGUCAAGACUCAGUGUCGACAACUGGAAAAGAUAAAAGUUGAGUGUGAUAAAUUGACAGAAGAAUUAACCCAAAAUGAAGAAGAAAAUAUAAAACUAAAACGGAAAUGUGAGUUUGUAGAACAAGAACUGGAGAAAAAGGAAAAGCAGAUCAGCAAUGAGGAAGAUCAUUUGAGAAAGAUGAGCGAGGCCAGACUGCAGUUUAAGGAUCAGCUGCGUCACUUAGAAAUGGAACAGCAAUCCAUUCUCUCCAUGAUAGGAAGUGAAAUUGAUUCUGCUUGUGAAAUUUUUUCUCGGGACUCUGUGGAAAAAUUCAAAGCAAUAUCACUUACACCAACAGUUCUGAAUGAUCCUCAUCGCUGGUUAGCAGAAACAAAGACUAAGCUUCAGUGGCUGUGUGAGGAGGUAAAGGAGAGAGAAAGUAAGGAAAAAAAGCUGCGAUGCUACUUACUGCAAAGCCGAGAACAGCUCCAGCACUUUACACAGAUGAAGGAGACUGAACAUCAGUCUCUCUUUAAGCAGAUAAAAAACCAAGAAAAACUUCUGGAAGAAGUUCACAGAGAAAAAAGAGAGUUACUAGAGAAGACACACAGAAGAGAGGAAGAAAUGGGAGCUCUCCAGGAACGUAUUAUGGCCUUGGAAAUGAGCACUCGAGCAGCUUUAGACCAUCUGGAGUCUGUUCCUGAGAAACUGAGCCUGUUAGAAGAUUUGAAAGAUACUAGAGAGUCCCAUUGCCGAAGGGAGAUGAUUGAGGAAAGGUAUAUGAAGUAUAAAGAGAUAGUGAGUUCUUUACAGCAACAGCUGGAAGAUUCAAAGCAAAGAGACCAGCAAGUCAAGGAUGUGAAAAUGGAUGCUGAGAUUUCUGAUAUAGAAGUGGCUCCUCACUCUUCUAGUUGGCAAACUCAAAACAACUUUUUGUCCAGCUCACUGCUCUCAGAUUCAGGCUCACUUACGAAAAGAAUGGUUCCUUUUGAUACAAGUGCCACCAAGGAAGAUUCUACCAAUGUUGCUGUCAGUGAAAUGAAGCUGCAAGCAGAAAGAGGAAAGCAGUAGAACAUUUAUGAAACCACACCAGUUUUCUCUGUGGUAAAUUCCAUUCCACUCUUUUAUUGGUUUUGAAAAGUAAUAAUUCCAUCUGCUAUAGGAGUGAUGCACUCUUAAUGAUUCAUCAAUUGCCAAACACUGAAAUGAAAGAGCACCAAGAGUGAUCCUGAUGAAGUCUUGUGAAAAUGUACGUGACUUGUACACCAAAGGCUUUCUGGGAUUUUGCUAUUCUCUUGUAUUUAUUUCUCCAAUACUCCUAGACUAAAUUUAUUGUAUUCCUGAAAUAUUAUGAAGUGAAAUACCUGUGACAUUAAUCUUAGCUAUGAGCUUAUUUAUCCCUAUACAGGAAUUGUUCUGACAGUUGGCUUUUUAUUACAUUUAAUAACAUUAUUAAUAAUGAAAAAAUAUCCAGAAAAUACCUAUUAUUAUGAGAGUCAUUACACUGUGUUGUACAGACACAUUUGUGAUCGUAGGUUCUUCGGUUUGCAAAAAUCAUUUAAGAAAGGAGUGAUAACGCAAAAUUUUCUCAAAUUAUUGAAAAUUCAUAUCUUGGUUUCAGGUUCAGCAUAUAUCUGUUAUAAGCUGUCUAGAAUUAUUCUUCUGGCCAGAGCAGUUUUAUCAGAUGACCUCUGGCAAGGCACUUUAAAGCAUCUGAAUCUCACCCUUCUGUAUUAAAGAUUGUGGAAUGACACUGCUAUGUGGCUGUGAAAAUUUUAAUAUUAGGGUUUAAUGAUCGUUUAUUUAUUGUUUUAUUCUCUAUUAGAGAAGAUGUGGCAUAUUGAUUGUAAAAUGAUAUGGAAAUAUGAUAUUGCACAUUUUUAUUUGUUCAGAUAUCUAUAUUCUAAACAAAUUGGAUAUAAUUUUGCAUUACAGGAGUCUCAAAUAGCAUAUCACAGAAGAAUUUUCUGCUGUCAAAAGAAAUGCAAGUGUUUCUGAUGGUCCUUGUUUUAUUCUCCUCUCGAGUGCUUCUGGGUCAAUCACUACUAAUGUGCUUUAAAAGAUUUGCCAAAUCUGUCAGAGUACUGUAGCAACAUUAAUGCCAUUGAAACCAGGUUUUUUGUAGACUUCUGUCUGUUUAGGAAGCCUAUUUCUUCUCUGAAACAGUCAUUUAUUAGCACUGUAGGUGUCUCAGGCAUAAUUCACAGGUCACCAUGUGCCACCUCGAGACAGGGCCUUUUUUUUUUUUUUUUUU